GUGGGGAGGGAAGGGCAGUGCGAAAGGAAGGAAGUUGGCAGCACAGGGCAGGGAGUUAUAAGAAGUCUUAAGGUCUCUGCUGCAGUCCUGUAGGCUUGCUUUCAGACGGAAAUGAUUCCUCAUGAAUCGCGAUCAGCGCUCUCUUACAGCAGGCGUGUGUGUACUGUUGCUUUCGAUUGAGAUCAGCUUCCAUCUGCCCUUGAGCACGGGAGAGAGAAUCACCACCACUGCUCUCCUCUCCACCCCCACAACCCCAACUUCACACGCCAAUCAGUGGGUGGCACAAUCAGAGAAAACAACAGAGGGCAGAAAAAAUUAAACUUUACAAUCACCAUGAAGUCCAAUCAAGAGCGGAGCAAUGAGUGCCUACCCCCGAAGAAGCGUGAAAUUCCAACAAGUACCCUUCCCUCAGAGGAAAGACCUUUGGUUAUGGCACCUGCUAGUGAGAGCCAGCGUGGAGGGAACCUUGCUUGGCUUGCCAGCAUGGCCAGUGGGCAUGACAGAUACAGACAGAGCACUAUCAACUCAGCUGGAGCUGGUGACCCACAAUCCAAACUGCCACAGUCCACAGCAGACCUCACCCGCGCUCCUCCCACAGUGUCCAACAACCCUGCUGUAUACACUUCCCCUAUUUCUCAACAUGCAGGCACCAUUCAGUACACCCAUCUACCCCCCAACCUGCAGUUCAUUGCCCCCUCAUACGCUGGACCCUAUACUGGCUAUAUCUCUUCUCUCUUGCCUCCUGUUGCUGCCACCACCACCACCACUUCCUCCCAGCGACACACUGAAGCCUACACUGGUACAACCAACUCUUCAGCAUCCAAACCUGAACUGCACCAUCAGCUGGCUUGCCCUCCUACUAUCCCCACAUCGGACAGCAUUUCUCAGGCCCACUCAACCCAGUAUGUUCAAAUCUCUGGCUCCCAGCUCAGUGUAGUCCCUCGAACUGCCUCCUCACCCCAGAGCCAUCUCCCGCUGCACCUUCAGCACACACUUGCCCUCAGUGGGCCUUCUCAGGUCCUGCUUCAGUACACAGAUGUACCCAUGCCCAAGAAGGAAGAUACCAGGCCUAGAGAUGUGCUAAACGGAGAGCUGGAAAAGGGCAGGCACUUUAGAGUGCCUCAGGAAUUGAGUUCAGGAAAGCAGAGCAGCAGCUCUAUAAAAGGGUCCACUCAGCAGCUCCAUAUCCACCAGCGAGACCACUAUGAGACUCGGCACAUGGUGCUCCCAGUGGAAUACGGGCAGGAAAAUGCCAGCUUACGAACUUCGCUAGUUCUAGUUUCUAACAGUCAUAGUUCCAGCAGUGCUGACACAGUGGGACCCCUAAAUAAGCUGCCUCCUCCUCUGGCCCAGGCUGAUAAAGGAGGCAUCUGUGCAGGCAGGCCUGUGUCUCGGACUUCCUCCAACUACACAUCCAGUGCCCCUGUUCCUUUUCCUCCUCCGCCUUUACCAGUAGAUAGUUUAAAAGCAGCAGUUACCACAUUAUCCCCCCACACAGUUAUCCAGACAACACAUAGUGCACCCGAGAUGCUAUCCCUGGGCCUGACAUCCACCAACAUUUACCCUGCUCAUCAACCCAUCAUUGGGUACAUCGCAGGUGCAGGGCAGCAACCGCCCCUUAGCUACCACACCAGCCUUCCUCCACAUUUUCUCAUCCCAGGAACUCAACCUGUUAUCAUCCCUGUAAGUGGAGCAGAGGCUACUGCCACAUCUACAACACCAAGUUUUGCUGCAGCACUGCCCCACGCAUUUGUGACCUCAACAAUCCCCAAAAGCGAGUCCCUGGAGCAUCCAGGAUCCUUUCCUCACCCAACAGGCUCUGUGGUUCAGGCCCAGUUGCACCUACCUGUAGUAACAGCCUCUGCCAGCAUUUCAGCUGCUCCACCCGUACCUUCUGCGCCCUCGUUGCCGCCUUACUUCAUUAAGGGUUCCAUCAUUCAGCUGGCUGAUGGAGAGCUGAAGCGUGUGGAGGACCUGAAGACAGAGGACUUCAUCCAGAGUGCAGAAAUCAGUAGUGAGUUGAAGAUCGAUUCCAGCACUGUUGAGCGCAUUGAUAGCAGCCAUAAGUCAAACUCUGCCAUCAUCCAGUUUGCAGUAGGAGAGCAUCGCUCACAGGUGAGUGUCGAGGUGCUGGUGGAGUACCCAUUCUUCGUGUUUGGUCAAGGCUGGUCAUCCUGCUGCCCAGACCGGACCACUCAGCUGUUGGAGCUGCCGUGUGCCAGGCUGGCCGUGGGCGAUGUCUGUAUUUCCCUCACCCUCAAGAACCUGAAGAACGGCUCCCUGAAAAAGAGCCAGGGCCAGAAUUUGGACACGGGCAGCCUCGGGCCACCUCUCAAACCACCUCUGAAAGCAUCCUCAGGUGGGACACGUGGGGCAGCGCGGCACAUGGAGCAGGAAAAUGGACUGCAUUUCGGUGGGAAAGGAGGAGGGGGCACUCAGGCAAACAAAGAGAAUGGAGAACUAGGGUUUAGGGAGAAAGGAGCUUGUAAAAUCUCACAAUCUUCAGAGUCAGAAUCUAAUAGCAAACCUACAGGUCGGAAGCGAAGAUGGUCGGCCCCGGAGGGUCGGAAAGUUGAAAAGUCUGAGGAGGAGCCACCUUUGACUUUUCCUAGGCCUUCAUUCAUCCCUCAGGAGGUUAAAAUCAGCAUUGAAGGCAGAUCUAACAUUGGCAAGUAAAUGCCGGUUUGGACUGUCAG